AUGGCUUUGAUAGACAGGCACGCAGGCAUCCCAGACACAAAACGUUUCUGGAGCAACGUCAGUUAUGGGAGUUUUUCUGAUGUGCUGGACCCCUGUCUUUCUCUGUGCAAACUUGCAGUUUUUGAAUCAUGUGUCAGUGCCAUGUCACUCCAUGUGUUUGAAACACUCAACUGGCUUACACUGUCAAAUUCCAUGCUCAAUCCAUUUAUUUAUGCUUUCUUUUACAGCUGGUUCAGGUCAGCUUUUAGAAUGAUCAUGUCUGGAAAGAUAUUUCAAGGUGAUUUUGCUAACUCAAAACUCCUUUGA